AUGGCCGAACCACCUUCAUCGCCUCCUAGCGAGGCUGCCGGAGCCGAGGAUGCCUUGUCUUGGUACAAGGCGCAGUACGAGCUUUUGGAGUCUGAGCUGGCCGAGUUCCGAGAGUCCAGUCGGGAAUUGGAGCAGGAACUGGAGAAGGAUAUUGAACGAGCAGAGAAGCAGGAGAGGAUCCUGAAAGAGAAGGCCGACGCACUGCGGUUUGAAGUUGAAGAGUGGAAGAGAAAAUACAAAGAAUCCAAAGCAGAAACUACCACUGCCCAAGCUUCGCUAGAAAAGGAAAUUACAAACCUUCGAGAGGCAAACCGCACAUUGACCCUGAGACUGAGAGACUCUGAGGUUGCCAAUGAUGAUUUCGAACGCCAAGCGCGAAACACCACCUCGUCUCUCGAGGACAUGGAAUCCAAGUUCAACCAGGCUGUUGAGCGGGGUGUCCUGAUGGAGGAAGAGAUCAAGAUGGGCGAACAGGAGCGUGAAGCGCUUCGCAUCGAGUCACAGCGCUUGCGAGAGGAGCUCUCGGAGCUCAAGAUUGAAGCUGAGCUCAUGCAAGACAAGGUCAAGAAAUACGAAUCCCGCCACUCGACCAUCUCCUCCGACAUUUCGAUCCUCGAGUCCCCCACCUUUGACAAGGCCGUGGAUGCGUCUGUCGACUCGGCCGCGAGCUCGCCUCUCAUCACCACGCCCCCAGAGAUCACCAAGUCACUGGGAGAGCCGACUACUGAGCUGUUGGAUCCACCGUCGCCGCCAAUGUCGGAUGCCUCGGCGCACAUGUCGAGAGCGCCCUCACGGAUCCGGACUCCGGCCCCUGCCACCCUUCGCCGGACUAGAUUGCCGUCGGUGGAUGCCAGCUCUCGAGCCCGUGGAGGUGCCUCCUCUUCGACGGGCAACCGGGUUGUCACUGGUGGCCGCCCGUCCAUCAGCGGCAUCAGCGGCAACAACAGCAACAGCAACAGCGGCGGUGCGCCUCUUCGGACGCCCACCCAUAGAUCAACCGUAUCACGCAACAGCAACUACAAGAUACCCGCGUCAAACUCAUUGUCGCACAUCCGCCUGCUCACGGCUCAGAUGCAGAGGCUCGAGGCCAGAGUGCACUCGGUACGGUCCAAGCUCCCCGCUCCUGGCGGUAGCAGCACUCCGCCUCGCCCGGCUUCUCGACCUGCGAUGCCUAGUUUGACUCCCACCGCGCCGACAUCUACGGCGGUUCGCUCACGCAAGCGCGCCACUACUCAGUCAACGGCAUCAUCGUCUUUCACUGGGGACGAUCUAAACCUGACGCCUACCAGUAGCUAUACUUCGUCGUCCAAGACUAGCCACACUCCCAGGCUUAGCGCGUCUGGUGUUAGUAGAAUCAACUUUGGUACUCAGUCCAACGGCCGGACAACAGACUCGGAGAUCAGCCGGCCAGUAUCGCGGUCAAGCGGAGCAUCAUCAUACGCUAGGCCGCCGUCUCGCAACGAAAUACCAUUACCAACGCGGCCGAUGUCGCGGAGCUCCUUUUCGGCGGGGACCCGAACCCCAAUUGGCCGGCCGGCAUCCUCCUUUGGCCGCGGGCACUCUGGUAGUGUCAGUGGCGUAAACCUGCUCGGAGAGGAACCUGAGCAUGAGCCCCCGUACCGCACGCCUAGUAGGCGCGGUACCUUUUCUACCCGAUAUGAUUUGGGGACAAGCAUCAGCGGCAUCGGUGGCAUCAGCGGCAUACCGACACCAGGUAGUGCCAUUCCCGCGCCGGGCAGCGGGAUCCCAGGGCCAGGCUUGAGACGGCAGAGCGGUGCCAGGAGAAUCAGCCUUAGCAGUGGCAGUACCAACACCGGCGGCGUCCCUCUUCGAUCGGGCCGCGUUAGCACAACUGGAUUCAGGAAACUGGGCGACUUGGGAGAGACUUAUUGA